AUGCCUCUCUCCAACAAAAAGCACAACGCCGCCGUGGCCGCAGAGCACCAAAACCUCGCUGCCUCCGGCGCCCUCGGCGGAGCCCCGGCAAACAUGAACGCAAACCUCCCCGGCCCGGCCCCGUACACUGCCGGUCCGCACCGGCACGACAUCAUGAACAAGCUCGAUCCCACCGUCGACAGCGGCACCGGCGGGAUGCAGGUUCUCACCUCGGGCGCCCACAACAACAACACCGCCGCGGCCGGCUUCCCGGGCCAGCCUGUCGGAGGACAGAUGCCCGCCGGGGGCGGCGUCAUGGGCAGCAACAACCCGUACGGCGCCCAGCACAACUCCCGCAUGGCGAAUGCGCUGGACCCUCGCGUCGACUUCGCCCAGGGCCAGGCCGGAGGUGCAAACUACUACACAAAGGGCACAAACGUCGUCCCGGGAUCGGCCGCCCAGCCUCGGAAUAUCCCCGAGGGCACCUACGGCCCUCACAACUCCCGCCUCGCCAAUGCUGCGGAUCCACGAGUCGACUCCGACGCAGACCGCCAUCGGGCGAGAGGAGUCGGCGCCGGAGUCGGGCCUGGAGGAGCUGGAGCCGGAGCCGGAGCACAGACAAAUGCCAGACCGGUCUUCCCAGCUGGCGUGGCUGGACCGGCUCCCACGACGGCAGGGCCUCAUCGACAUGACAUUCUGAACAAGCUUGAUCCGAGCGUGGACAGCCGAUCUGCCACCAACGUUGAUGCGACAGGCCGCAGACUUGUCUAA